GUUUUUCUUUCGCAUUUCCUCGUUUCGAUAUUUUGUUGUAGGGAAAUUGUGCUUUUCAUCGUUGAUAGAUCCUGAGCUCGAAAGCUCUACUCUACCAAAAUGACUGGAACCGAGCGUAAAGUAUUUCAGAAAUACUAUCCGCCAGACUAUGACCCCACAAAGCUCCCAAGAGCUAAAGGGACGAGGGCUCGGCAGUUCGUUCAACGAGUCAUGACGCCGUUCAACAUGCAAUGUAACACAUGUAGCGAGUAUAUUUAUAAAGGAAAAAAGUUCAAUAUGAAAAGAGAGACAGUUGAAGGAGAGGAUUAUCUAGGACUCAGACUUUUCCGGUUCUAUUUCAAGUGCCCUAACUGCUUAGCUGAAAUUACGUUCAAAACUGAUCUCGAAAAUUGCGACUAUCAAAAUGAACAUGGUGCUACACGAUUAUUUGAAGCCAUCAAACUCUACCAAGAUGCAGAGAAGGCAAAAGAAGCUCAAGAAGAGGAGGAUAAGAAGGACCCCAUGAAAAUGCUCGAAAAGAGAACGAUGAUGAGUCGUGCAGAAAUGGAAGCGAUGGGUAAUCUGGAAGACUUGCAAGAGAUCAGCAGACAUAAAGAAUCUGUUGACGUUGACGAAUAUUUGGAGGCUACUAAGCCUGAGUUGUCAAUAGCCGAACAGGUAAAAUUACAAGAACAGGAAGAUGAAGAGUUUAUUAGGCAAGUAUAUGGAAAAACUGCAGACGGCAAAAUCAUCAAACGAUUAGAGGACGAUGAUGAAGAUGAAGGAAAACCAGGAACCAGCGGUCUGGUUAGCGCUUCAUUGCACGAUAUCGUCAAAACAGAAGAUCUGCAUGAUAUAAAACCGUUCGAUGUCAAGCCGUCGUUCAUCAAAGAUGUGCCAAAGCGGCCAAACGACCAGAAAACUUUGUUAUCGAAGUUGGUCGUUGUGAAAAAGAAAAAGGUCGAGGACAAACAAAUUAAACAGGAGCCAGCUGAUGAUCCUCCUGAACCUCCGCCUUCCUCAUCUACCUCCACCUCAGCAUCGAAACCGUCCAGUGGCUUGUUAGGACUGUCCGCCUACGGUAGCGGAUCUAGUGGAACAGAUUCCGAUUGACCUCACUUAUUAUGCUGUAUUUUUUUUGGAAAUGUAUGAAAGAUUUAUUCAACAACAGGUGAAUGAUUGUACAAACAAUAAAUAAUGUUCUGAAUGAAAUAAUAACAUCAAUUUCAUAUUCAAAUUUAUAAUGACAAGACGGCGAGUUUAUAAGUGAACAAAUGGAAUGUA